UGCAGCUGCAGUGGCAGUGGCAGUUGUUGGAGGCGGGAUGCGGUAGGCGGUAACAGCGCAUUGCUUUCCUCAUUUUGCGCUUAUUGUCACAGGUUGCAUUUGCUAGAGCCUGAAGAUGUCCUGAGAAAGCCUGGCAAUUUAAUUUAGCGUUCAAAGGUAAUAUGCCGCAAGAAGGAAGCUCGCAACCGAAGCGCCGAAGGCGCCUUCGUUCAAGAAGUAGGAAUCAAUCUGCUUCUCCGGGCAGCGAUUCUGAGGGGCCUUCCAAUGUAAAAGAAAGUUCCAACUGCAGAAAAAAUUCUGUCAAGGCUGGACCUCUUAAAUCUCAUUCUGAGAAAGUUUUGAUAUCAAUCAAGGAUAGCUCUGGAGAUCUGUCAGAUUCUGAUUUUGAGCCAAAAAGCUCUCAAAGACUGAAGCCUCGCUUACAGAAGAAACGUAAGUCCAAAGACAAAGAUCCACCUAAUGAGACUUCAAGAAGAGAUAUGGAUGAAGCAGGCCCAAGUCAUGGAGGAGCCAUCAAAGUUAAGAGUGAAUGUUCUGCAUCUGGCAAUUCAACCCCAAAGCCUCAAUGGGUUUUAUUGGAUAGCCAUGCUGAAGAUAUAGCUGGUAUAGCCGGAGUUUUGGACGAGCAAAUUGCCAAAUUUAAGCAGAGGUAUUUGGAAUAUAGCUGGGAGGAAAAUAUGUUACCACUGGCGGUUACAGAACUGCAACGAUUCAUUAAACGAGGAGUGCAGUCGCUUUGUGAUGUAGCUGAGGAUCUUAGGUCUUUAAGCACCAGCAGUGGUCUUCAGCCUAUCAAAGCAGAAAUCAGCUCAGAUGAAGCAAAGAAAGAAUUAGCUCUCAAUGAAGAGAAAAAGAUAAAUGGAAAAAGUACUUCAGAUACUAUUGAAUGUUGUGAAUCAAAUUCUAAUGAUGAAAGCAGUCCUAAGGCUAAAAGAACUCGAAGAUGUGGAAGUACAGACUCUGAUCGUGCUGCUAGCCCAGGUGUAUCCACAAAAAUUCAGAGGUGUGGAAGCACUGAAUCUGUUGCCACUGUAGGAAGUCCCAAAGCUGGUCUCUGUGAUUCAGACACCCAAGAAGGUCAAACAGAACCUGAAGAGUUAACCAGUGCUGCUGCCAUGAAUCCCAACACUAGUUGUGACAUGUUUUCGGAUCUAGACCUCCCUGAGCAGUCUAUUCCUGAAAAUGGUGAGAAUUCUCCAUCAGAUGUUAACCAUAAAAAACCGUCAGAUAUCGCUCAGAGCAUCAAGUCAUUGGAUUGCAAGGCAAACUUGAUGGCAGACUCCGAUAGUGAUUCUGAGUCAGACAGUAGGGAGGUUGGAACAGUCUUCAAUGGAACUGCUUCAAGUGGCUCUGAUUCUGAUGAACAGAUUUCAUCUCCUAGGAAUUCUGUAAAGAGGAAGCCAAAGAAAUCUACCUUUAACAUCGAAGAUCUUGAUGUGUACCACAGUGAUAUUAAACUGCAAGGAAAAUGUUCCGUGAAAAUCUCGAAGCUCCCUGAAGCAGAUGAAAAGAAGUAUAUUCAAUCUAUUGGCAGCUACUACGAUGUCAACACUUCUGAGGAUUCAAAUGAUGACAAUUCAGUGAAGAAUUUGGUCAACCUUAAGAAUUUACAAACAAAGGGCAAAGGCAGUGAUAGUGAAAGUGGCACAUCUUCUGUCAAGAGCUGCAAGGAGAAAAAGGAAGUUGCAAAGGACAAAUCCAAGAACAAAGAGAAGCUUGCUGAUUACAUGAAUAAAACUGACAUUUCUGAAGGAGAGCAUUCUUUUGAGAAGCUUCAACCUGACUGCAACAGUACACUUCAAGAUACUGCAAAUAUUAAUGAUGCACACAAAAAACUACUGCUUGAGUCAUCUGAUAGUGAAAAUGAACAAGCUGAUGAUGAGUCUCAAGAGAUGUCAAAGGUUGACAAAAGAAGUGAGUCGGGAAAUGAAGAAAGUCCACCCACUGUCUCGGAUGCAAUUGAGACUGGAAAUGUACAAGGCGAUGAUGCAAAGUCGGAUGAUGCAAAGUCAGAUGAUGCCAAGUCAGACGCUGACAAGUCGGACAAAGAGUCUGAUGUUGAAACUAAAUCUGAAUCCAAGAAGAAGUCAUGGCGGAAUAACCGGCUGCUCACAGCCAAGCUAUCUGAUACUGAUACAAGUGAUGAAGAAAAGCGAUGGGAAAAGAGGAAAAUGAAGCUCAAAGAUGAAAACAAUUCAAGUGAUGAUGAAAAUAUUCAACCCAAGAAACGGAAAACAAAAGAGUCUCCCAAGAAAAAGGAUUCAGAUAUAGAGGUGAUUAGUGAUGACCAACAGUCUUCCAGCAGUGAAGAUUUUAUCAAGAAGAAACCCAGGAGGACAGUCAAGAAAUCAUCAUCUUCAUCAUCUUCUGAGGAAGAAAAGCCAAAGAAGAAACGGAGGAGAAUUAAAGUUCAGAACUCUAGCAGUGACGAUGAAGAGGAAUCUAAGAUAAAAGAUGCUGAGAGCCCUACGAAAGGUCGUAAGAAGAUUAGGCAUGUAAUUAGUGAAGAAGACUUAGAAAAGGGGACAAAAGAGGCAGCCAAAGAGGAGGAAGAGCGUCUCAAGCGCAUUGCAAGCAGACAGAAGAUGUAUGAAGAGUUGUAUGAGAAUGUUCAGAAAGGAUUUCAUGUUUUGGAUAGUCUAGUUCUAGACUUUGAUGAAAAAACCAAAGAACCACUUGUAGAAGUUGACAAGGCCUUAGUAAAGAAACUAAAACCUCACCAAGCCAAAGGUGUGAAAUUUAUGUGGGAUGCUUGCUUUGAAUCACUGAAGAGAAUUCGAUCAAGCAAUGGAUCUGGAUGUAUUUUAGCUCACUGCAUGGGACUUGGAAAGACAUUCCAGGUUGUUACCCUUGUGCAUACAUUGUUUAAAUUUCGUGAAACAAAGGUUGAAAGGGUGUUGGUUGUUUGUCCUGUCAGUACUGUUUUGAACUGGGUUAAUGAGUUUCACAAGUGGCUUGAUUCAAUACGUGAUGGUCCAGAUGUUGAAGUCUUUGAAAUGACAAGGUGCAAGCAGAACAUGGAACGCUCAUACAAAUUGAGAGAAUGGGUGGAGAGUGGCGGUGUAAUGGUUAUUGGAUAUGACAUGUACCGCAAUAUAACAAAUCCUGAAUCUAAGCGGGUAAGAGGAAGCCUGAUGAAAACAUUCCAAACAGCCCUAGUAAAUCCAGGACCUGAUUUGGUUAUCUGUGAUGAAGGACAUUUACUUAAAAAUGAAGAGACUGGGACUUCUAAAGCUUUGACUAGGAUUAAAACGCUUCGGCGUGUGAUACUCACUGGCACCCCUCUACAGAACAAUUUGAAAGAAUAUCACUGCAUGGUGCAAUUUGUCAAGCCUAAUUUGUUAGGUACCAGGAAGGAAUUUUUAAACCGGUUUGUGAAUCCAAUAACAAAUGGACAGUUUGAAGAUUCAACAUCUCAUGACGUGAAGCGCAUGAAGAGAAGAGCCCAUGUCUUGCAUAAAACCUUGGAAGGAUGUGUGCAGAGAUUUGAUUACUCUGUUUUAACACCCUACCUUCCAACCAAAGAGGAAUAUGUUAUAUUAGUCAGAGUAACUGAUACACAAGAAAAAUUGUACAGACAUUACCUAGAAUUUAAAUCUGCUAGAGGUCAAGCGGGCAAAGGAGCCCAACUAUUUGCAGAUUUUCAACAGUUGCAGAGAGUAUGGACUCACCCAAGAGUUCUUAAAAUGUCUCAAGAACGGAAUGAGCUUAAAGCAGAAAAAGAAGAUGCAACAGACAGUGAAGGCUCUCUAAGGGACUUCAUAGAUGAUGGUUCUGGCAGUGACUCAUCUUCAUCGUCUUCAUCAAGUGAAGAAGAUGAUGAUGAUGUUGUUUGUCUUAGUGGUGGUGAGACCAAAAAAAAGAAAGCACCGCCAGCUAGGAGAACAAGGUCUAACAAGGAUGUAUCACCAGAACCGGAGGCUAUUGAACCACCACCUAAGGAAGUUGAAUGGUGGCAACCAUUUGUUCAAGACUCAGACUUUGAAGAUAUAAGAGCUAGCCCUAAGAUGCAACUAUUGUUUUCUAUAUUAAAAGAAUGCGAAGAAAAUGGCGAAAAGCUGUUGGUCUUCAGUCAGUCAUUAUUUUCAUUAGAUGUAAUUGAGUAUUUCCUUGGUAAAAUUGAUGAGGCGACUCAAAAGGGAGUUGAGGAUGAGGCUCUAGAUGGUCACCGCGGUUCUUGGUCUCUUGGAAUUGAUUACUUUAGACUGGAUGGAUCUACUCCCACAGAUUUGCGUAGUACUUGGUGUAAUGUUUUUAACAGGCCAAGCAAUCUUAGGGCUCGACUUUUCUUAAUAUCUACCAGAGCCGGUGGGCUUGGAAUCAACUUGGUAGCAGCAAAUAGAGUGGUGAUAUUUGAUGCAUCAUGGAACCCAAGUCAUGAUGUUCAAAGUAUUUUCAGAAUCUAUCGUUUUGGUCAAACUAAACCAUGUUAUAUCUACCGUUUCCUUGCUCAAGGAACAAUGGAAGAGAAAAUUUAUGAAAGGCAGGUGACCAAACUGUCUUUGGCUUGUCGAGUUGUGGACGAGUUACAGGUAGAAAGGUACUAUAAAAUGGCUGAUCUGCAAGAGCUGUACAUGUUCACUCCAGCUGAUCGUGACUCCUUUGUGGCGCCGAAACUUCCAAAGGACCACCUGUUUGCUGAGCUUCUGAAAAAGUACAAAUCAACCAUCACCUCCUAUCAUGAGCAUGACUCUCUUCUUGAAAAUAAGGAGGAGGAGGAAUUGAAUGAAAGUGAAAGACAGGCAGCUUGGGAAGAUUAUGAGAACGAGAAGAAGGGACCAAUUAUGCAACAGCCUGUAGUACCAGAGCUGCCUAGUCUAGACCAGAUCAAAGAAACACUACGACUGAGGGAGCCCAUGAGGCCGGAUGAAGAACUGGAGCAAAUGGCUCUUGCUGCUUACAGGCGGAUAGUUGAAUUCCAGCAGCAACAGCAACAGCAGCAGGCGAUUCAGCGACAGCAAGCGCAGCAAGCGCAGCAGCUGUUACUGAGACAGCAGCAGUACCAGCAACAACAGCAGCAGAUGCAGUAUCUGAGAAUGCAGGAGCAGCUGAUGCAGCAACAGGGUUAUGCUGCUCAACAGUAUCCAUACCAGUACGGCCAACAGCAACCUUAUCUCAAUGCAAGAGCCCCUGCUCCUAACUUAGCAUCCACUUCAAUGCCAUCUCAUUCUAGACAAGGAUAUGUGCAGCAGCCUGCAAUCCUGAAAAAACCUCCUCAGGUGCCAAGCAAUUCACAUCAAAAAUAAGUUUUACAUUAUCUGUUGAUAGUUUCUUUUUAGCACAUUCAUACAUUAUUUAUUUUGAUUUGCCUCUCUGGUGGUCGUAUUGCUGUAUGGUAUUUGUUAUUUUACUAUUUUUUUCUGAUACUUAUAUACGAUGUCAUGUUUAUUUAAUACAAUUUUAUUUGCUCUCUGACUUGUCUCUGACUGUAAUGGAGAACAAUAAAGAGUUGUUUCUUUUAUUUAGAAAAAAAAAACGUUAAA